UUUAAUAAUUUGGCUCCGAAUCAAAUAAAAAGCAUUUCCCUAUGAUUGGCUCAUUCUGGAAUUUGUGCAGAGCGUGCCCAUCAAUGCCGGUAGACAAGCUCCACUCGGAGUAUCGGAGCACUUAUCGUUGGCAUGAAUUUACGGGCAAUUCGAGGCCGGAGGUUGUACGACGGGCACCAGCGCCGAAUCCAAGUCAAUUUGUUGGACCAACGAACGAGCCGCCAUUGCCACGAAGGAAAAAAUGUCCAGAAUUAGCAUAUAAAUCGCACGAGUUUAUUAUAGGAUCCGAAUAUACAGAUGCACGUCGGGAUGCCAGUGCACAUCGUUUGGCGAGGUCGGAGGAACGUGGCACGCCUUCGCGUCGCAGCAAAUCGGAGGGACCACCCGUUGUGCCCAAUGGACGGGCAUAUCCCAUUGCAACGGAGAUCGAUGGAACCACAAGAAAACAGGCGGCUACUCUACAUGAGUUGGAGCCUUUGGUUAGCGAUACGGAUGAUAGAAAAACACACGAAAAACAAGUCACCAUUGUGGAGCGCAAGAUUGCCUCACGUCCGUUCUCGCAGACAAUUGAUCAGGAGCGACUGAAUCACUUUAUAACAAAGAAGGAGAACUUUGGAUUUGCUGAUGUGGCUGCUUCUGCAGCAGUUGCCACUGCCAAGGAUGAGGUGGACAAUAGACAGCAGCAGCCAUCGACGGAUGCUGGCCAAGUGGUGGUUAUGAAUGGCACAGCACCACCCCAAUCGAAACCGAAUUUGGAUUUGUGGUUCAAGGAGAUGGUUGAACUGCGCAAAAAGGCCGGUGAAUACAAGUGUCGCGGCUGGGGCAUAGAAAUCGAUCCAGAUUUGUAUAAGAAGCAAAAGGAUUUGUGGGAUCAGGUUUCAAAGCGCAGUUCGCUUUCAGCUUUAUCCUUAGCAUCCACUGUGCAUAGACCCAUUACCAAAGAGGAAAAGGAUCAGGAGAAUAAUAAGAAAUCCAUACCGCUGCAAAAGCAACCACAAAAGCCACGAGUUCCUGGUCAAGCCUUUAUAAUUGAUAAUAAAGAUGAGAUUUCAGCACUGCCAGCACGUUUUAGCAAUAUUCGCCAUCACCUGGAACGCACCACAGGUCCGGAUGUGGAGGAGGGCGCCUUGUUGCCAUCACCCACACGGGAGAAGCUGAUGCCAGCUAUAACCAAACGUGAAUCCGAAUCUCAACGUGGUAGCCCCAAGAAAACAGCACUCUCUCGCCAUGGCUCGCCACAAAAGGGCAGUCCCCAGAAGGGUAGCCCCAAGAAGGUUCUCAAAAUACGCUCACAAUCGGUGGGUCCGGGCGUUGCUGAGAAUGAAUCACCCAAGCGUCAAUUGCGCUCGGCCAGUCAGGCGCCCACUGGCCGCAAAAAGACACCAACAUCAACCGCUCAUCCCUCAGCGACAUUGGCCGGAAAUGAACGUAAGGCACGCCCAUCCACCCUAUCCACAACAUUCCCAACCCGUAUUAAAAGUAGUUCCCUACCACCGCCAAAUGGUAGAGUAGCCUCUGCGCCGCCAGCAACCAACGCAACCGCAGCCCGAACAGCAGCAACAGCCGCAGCAGCAACAUUGUCAGCAGCAGCAGCAAACAAAUCAACAUCAAAUGCUAAUCAAUCUCAUGCUAAUCAAUCACAAACAUCAUUAUCGAACAAGGGCUUCAAAAGUACAGGAAAUAGUAAAAAUACAAAAUUGGCUUCAUCAUCAUCAUCACCAUCAUCGGCGAAGCAACAACAGCAACAGAAACAGCAGCAGCAGCAGCAACAGCAACAAUUGCGUAAGAAAGAUAAAGAUAGAUCGAAUAUUAGUUGCAUUGGCCUUGGUAGUCAAGUUGGUGCUGGUAGCGGUAGUGUUGCAACUAGUGCAAAGCAUCAACAAAAUAAACAAAAGCAACAACAACUACAACAACAAAACCAACAACAACAACAACAGCAACAACAACAACAACAGCAACAACAGCUGAUACGCCAGCAACAUCAACAACCAGCAACUGCAACACCUUCAAAGCAAGCAACAUCAACUCCGAAUCCGAAUCCAAUUCCCAUCAGACCUGACACCAUCAACAUCAAACGGCUAACAGUACCAGGUCAGGAUAAGAAAUUGGCUGAAAACGAAGGCGAAGAUGGCCGUGAGACAGCAAUUUCCAUUUCUAGCUGCAGUCCACAGCCUGAGAUACCCGAAGAGCCAUUGGUGAAAUCGCCACCAGAGCCCACAAGGGUAAAGUCGCCAGAGCAGAUUAUAAUGCGCUCACCCGAUCCAGUUAACUGGACGGUGCCCUUGGACACUGGCAAGACAUUUACGGUCACGCAAAAUGUCAAAGAGGGCGAGAGCUACAGCCGACCUCAGAGCGAGAUAAAAGCGUCAACGCCGGUGGAAAAGCCACCACCGCCACCACAAUCGGCACCGCCACAACUAACCGAACAGGCUAAAAUGGACGCCUGGAAGUCCUGCAGCCCAACAACAAGCACUGCAGCAGCGGCAGCUGCUGCUGCCUAUGGCAAAACAUUGACACCCCAUGCCGCCCCAAUUCAGCAUCAGCAACCUGGCGGAGCUGUACGCUGCGAUACAUCCUUGCCGCCGGAUCAGGCCACGCCAACGACCUCAUCAUCAACGGCAACGACCAGUAAUGCGGCAUCUGUGCUGGAGAAGGCUCGUGACCGUUUCGAUCGUUUCUGGGGCGGUAGCUCCAACAAGGAGGAGAGUGUCUAAGAGAUUUUAAAUAAUAAAACCAAAAAAAAAAAAGAGAAAAGAAAACAAAAACACAUACGUAAAUGACAUAUGCAAUAUCCAAAAACAUUCUUACAUACCUACAACCUUUAGCUAAAAACGAAAAACCAAAACAACCAAGUAUGUCCCAAUUUUGGCUAAGCCUAAGCAUUGCUACUUGUUAAAAGGAAUCUAAGUAUAUGCUUAUAAAUGUGUAAAAUCUGUAUUCAUAGUUGCUGGCAUAAAAGUGUCUUAGAAUUCCAUUUAUACAAUUUUCGAUCUUGAGAUCUACAGAAAUACUGAGAGCAACUCCUCUUCCCAACGGACUAUUAUUUUCAUUUAAAUGCCAUAUAAAUGACUGCCCAAUAGAUUCGUUUAGUUUUGGCACAUUUUGGAUUAACCACUGCUUCUAGUUCAUGCUAUAUUUAAACCUUGUUUUAAAUUCAAUAGUCCAGGAACUGUAAAGGGGGAAAAAUUGAUUUCAAGAUCUUUUUUGAAACAUUUUUUCGAACCAUUGAAAACGGCUGAAGAAAGUUUUAAGCGCUAUCUCAGUAUAAUGAAUUUGAAUUUCGUUAUAAUACCAUAUUUUCGAAAUUUUCUUCGAAUAUAUGUCUAAGUAUUGUGAUAAGACACUUUUAUAUAACCACCAACUAUGAGACGAACACGAACGUAAAAACCCUUUGGCUUGAUUUAAAAGACUUUUAGGUCAAAACUAUUGUCUCACCGCACCUUCCUGCACGAGCAUAUAAUAUAACUUAUCCUUAAAUUAAAUUUAUGUAAGACACUUUCACUGCCUCUCCUUAACAACAAGAAACAAAAAGAGAAAAGACAACCAAAAAAAACAAAAAAAUGA